CUCCGCCGCCCGUCGCGGACGACGUCGGUCGGCGCGACGACGUAACGACGUCGCAGUUCACGAUCGCAUUCCGUCGGCGAAGGUCGUUCGUACGGUCGCCUCCUCGUGUCGUGCCGCGCGCGUCUUUUACUGCGUCGUACGAGAGUAUCAUUAUUACUGUCGCGAACCGUUUUUUUUCUCUCUCUCUCUCUCUCUCGCCACUAUUAACAAAAUUAAAAAAAUCCACUUUAUUAUUUUUAUUAAUAUGAUAUUAACGGAUGGAAUCUUGUUGGACGAGUGACGCGUGGCAGCUAAGAGAAGAAACUCUACGUGUGACUUUUUCAGUGAAACUUUAAAGUUUUCCCGUUGCUUGUUUAUUUAUUUACGUUUCCAGAUGAUGAUGAUGACGAGCAUGAUCCUGCGUGUUUAAUAAUAAUAAUAAUAAUUCGAGUGGGGGCGGUGCGAGAGUGUGUCGAAUAUUAUUUAUAUAUAUUUUUUUUUUGGUAGUUUUAAUUGUUGCCUUAUAUAUGAACAACGGUGGUUUGUAUUCGGGCUACAGUCCCUUAGCGAAAAUGAACUUGAACAAUAUGAUGGAACCGUUGGCGGAAAUGGAGGGCGGCGGAUUCGAGCCGCAAACGAGGGCGAGAUCCAACACGUGGCCGCUGCCCCGGCCGGAGAAUUUCGUGGAUCCGGAGGCGGCGGCGGCAGCAGCAGCAGGUGGGGGCGGCGGUGGUGCGGCGGCCGCGGCAACGGGGGUUGUCGAGGGAGGAGGCAACAAGUGUCCCGUGCCGGUGCCAGUGUCGGGUUUACCGACGAAAAAGAACUCGAGUCGCCGAAACGCGUGGGGUAACUUGAGCUACGCCGACUUGAUCACCCAAGCGAUCACCACGUCACCGGAUAAACGGUUGACCUUGUCGCAGAUCUACGAGUGGAUGGUCCAGAAUGUCGCUUAUUUUAAGGACAAGGGCGACAGUAACAGCUCUGCCGGUUGGAAGAACUCGAUAAGGCACAACCUGUCGCUACACAACCGGUUCAUGAGGGUGCAGAACGAGGGCACGGGGAAGUCCUCGUGGUGGAUGAUCAACCCCGACGCCAAACCGGGGAAAUCGCCUCGAAGGAGGGCGGUGUCCAUGGAGACGAGUAAAUUUGAAAAAAGACGAGGUCGCGUAAAAAAGAAAGUGGAAAUGAUGCGUAACGGGACGAUGCCGGACCAACCUCCGAGUCCCAGCUCCUCAGUAUCGGAGAGUUUAGAUUUAUUCCCCGAAUCGCCCACAAUUCACAGCUCCAAUAGCUACCAGAUUAGUCCAGAAACCAGACCGAGAGCUUAUUCCAAUCCGUCUGUUUAUAGUGGCGGCGGGUUCCAGUUGAGCCCGGACUUCCGGCCGCGCACCUCCUCCCAGAGUUCCGCACGUUUGUCGCCGAUUCCGUCCUUGGAAACCGAGUGGGGCGCCGCCACCUUUAACGGUACCACCUUCAACUCGUCCGAACUGAUCAACGGCACCGCCAGCGGCAGUAACGGGGCCGGUAACUACUCGCCCGAUCAACUAGCCGGGAAUCUGGAGCAACGGAUGAAGUUCGAGGAACAACCGGGAUCAUCCUAUUUGGGGUAUAUGAAUGGACGAACAACGCAACAAGGGCAACCCCCACCGCCAUACACCUCGUCGCUGUUCAGCGACACCACCUCGUUCACCAGCCGCGAAUACCCUUCGUUAAACGCCACCUCACCUUACGCCACCUCGACUUAUGCCACCGUGUGUCCCAUCCAUAGAAUGCCCUCGUGUCCAUGUAUGGAGACGACGUGCAUCAAAGUUGAAAAAAUGUCUCCAACCAGCAUGUCCCCGACGUAUCCGCACUCCGAACCCUCCCCGGACCCCUUGAGUCAACAGUUCAUGGAGGCUCGGAUGCCCCCGCGACCCCCGAGCUCCAGUCCGCCCCUGACCCCCCAGAGUCAAGGCACCCCCUCGACCAUGAUGGGUCAGUACAUCGGGGCCCUCAACGUCGGCGAAGACCUCAACAUACAUGUGGAUAGUCUACCCGGAGGGUUCGAUUGUAACGUCGAGGAUAUAAUCCAGCAAGAACUGAACGCGGAAGGCUGCUUGGACUUUAAUUUCGGCGGGCAACAGCAGAUGGUGCAACAACAGACGGAAGCGUCGCUGGCGUCGAGUCAAUCGGCUCCAACUUCGGCGUAUUCGCAGGCCGUCGUCACGUCUCCUUCUUGGGUCCAUUGAUUUAUAGGUCUCGACGACGGAACACAGGUUUCGGCACGAGUGAAAUUUAGAAAAAAGGAACAAAAAAAAAAAAGAGAGAGAUGCCUCCGCCGCCCAAAUAAGACAAGGAACACACACACACACCCACACACAUGUUAAUUAGGUAACUUUUAGGUCUCGUAAUGUAAGUCGCGAUGUUUACAUUUAUAUUUGUUGUGCAAAAAAAAAAAAAUUAAGCAGUUGACGUUUUAUAUAUGUGGACGGGACGGUCGGGGUUGCACCUUAAGGCAGGCGUUAAUACGGGGUGUACUUACUUGGUUAGUUUUAACGAUUUUUGUAUUCUGGGUGAAAUUUUAAGAAAUUUGAUGGGUCACACCGUAUAUUUUGCUCGAGGGGUUUUUGAGAUAUUCGUGAUUGAAAUUUUGACUUUAAAGGGUUGUACAGUCAAAAUGAUUUGAUGCAGCGAAAAACGGUUUUCUAUUUUUUAUUGGGUUAUUAAAAGAUAUUUAUUAGCAUAGGUUUUAAUAAUUUUGAGAAAAAUUUUGAAAUUUUUUAAAAAAUCAAAAAAAAUAAUAUUUUUUUUUGGAAGUAUGGUAUAAAAUAGAUUUUGAAAAAUUAAAAAAAAAAAUAGUUAAAAGCGUUUGUUUCUAUUUCAAAUAGUUUUUGCAUUGUGGCCCCUCAAAGUCAAGAGACCAAUAUUCCAGAAAUCCAUGCCAACUUUGAUAUUUCAAACGUUAGGCUGGAUAUUAUUGGAUUUUUGGAUUCUAGGUGAAAUUCUAAGAAAUUUGAUGGGUCACACCCUAUACUUUGGUCAAAUGGUUUUUGAGAUAUUCGCUUUUGAAAAUUUUGGUUUUUUGACUUUAAAGGGCUGUAAAGUCAACAUUGUUUGAUGCAGUGAAAAACGGUUUUCACUUUUUUUAUUGGCUUAUUAAAAGAGAUUUCUUAGCAUAGUUUUUAAUAAUUUUGGGAAAAAUUUUGACUUUUUUCAAAAAUCAAAAAAAAUUUUUUUUUUGGAAAUAUGGAUUUUGGAUUUUGAAAAAUAAAAGAAAAUAGUUAAAACCGUUUGUUUCUAUUUCAAAUAGUUUUUGCACUGUAGCCUCUCAAAGUCAAGAGACCUUUUUGACAAGAGAAAAAUUUUGACUUUUUUCAAAAAUCAAAAAAAAAUUUUUUUUUUGGAAAUAUGGUACAAAAUAGUUUUUGAAAAAUUUUAAAAUAAUAGUUAAAACUGUUCGUUUCUAUUUCAAAUAGUUUUUGCACUGUAGCCUCUCAAAGUCAAGAGACCUAUAUUCAAGAAAUCCAUGUCAACUUUAAUAUUUCAAAGGUUAGGCUGGAUAUUAUUGGAUUUUUGGAUUCUAGGUGAAAUUAUAAGAAAUUUGAUGGGUCACACCGUAUACUUUGGUCAAAUGGUUUUUGAGAUAUUCGCUUUUGAAAAUUUUGAUUUUUCUGACUUUAAAGGGCUGUAGAGCCAACACUGUUUGAAAAAGCGAAAAACGGUUUUCACUUUUUUUAUUAACUUAUUAAAAGAGAUUUAUUAGCAUAGUUUUUAAUAAUUUCGGGAAAAAUUUUGACUUUUUUCAAAAAUCAAAAAAAAAAAAAAAUUUUUUGGAAAUAUGGUAUAAAAUAGAUUUUUAAAAAGUAAAAAAAAAUAGUUAAAACCGUUCGUUUCUAUUUCAAAUAGUUUUUGCACUGUAGCCCCUCACAAUCAAGAGACCUAUAUUCAAGGAAUCCAUGCCAACUUUGACAUUUCAAACGUUAGGCUGGAUAUUAUUGGAUUUUUGGAUUCUAGGUGAAAUUCUAAGAAAUUUGAUGGGUCACACCCUAUACUUUGGUCAAAUGGUUUUUGAGAUAUUCGCUUUUGAAAAUUUUGGUUUUUUGACUUUAAAGGGCUGUAGAGCCAACACUGUUUGAAAAAGCGAAAAACGGUUUUCACUUUUUUUAUUAACUUAUUAAAAGAGAUUUAUUAGCAUAGUUUUUAAUAAUUUCGGGAAAAAUUUUAACUUUUUUCAAAAAUCAAAAAAAAAAUUUUUUUUUUUGGAAAUAUGGAUUUUGGAUUUUGAAAAAUAAAAGAAAAUAGUUAAAACCGUUUGUUUCUAUUUCAAAUAGUUUUUGCACUGUAGCCUUUCAAAGUCAAGAGACCUUUUUGACAAGAGAAAAAUUUUGACUUUCUUCAAAAAUCAAAAAAAAAAUUUUUUUUGGAAAUAUGGUACAAAAUAGUUUUUGAAAAAUUUUAAAAUAAUAGUUAAAACUGUUCGUUUCUAUUUCAAAUAGUUUUUGCACUGUAGCCUCUCAAAGUCAAGAGACCUAUAUUCAAGGAAUCCAUGCCAACUUCGAUAUUUUAAACGUUAGGCUGGAUAUUAUUGGAUUUUUGGAUUCUAGGUGAAAUUCUAAGAAAUUUAAUGGGUCACACCCUAUACUUUGGUCAAAUGGUUUUUCAGAUAUUCCCUUUUGAAAAUUAUGGUUUUUUGACUCUCAAGAGCUACAGAGCCAAAAGUAUUUGACAUAGAAACAAACGGUUUUCACUAUUUCUCUUAUCGCAUUAAAAUUUAUUUUUACACGUAGUUUCACAUUUUUAUUAAAAAUUUUGGAAGUUUGACAAAAAUCCAAAAAACCAUUUUUUUUCUCUAAAAAAUUUACAGAAAAUAGAUUUUAAGAAAUUAAAAGAAACAGUGAAAACAGAUUGUUUCUAUCUCAAAUAGUUUUGGCUCUGUAGCUCCUCAAAAUAAAAAAAACAACAUUUUCAAUCGUGAAUAUCUCAAAAACUCCUUGACCAAAAUAUAUCAUGUGACCCAUCAAAUUUCUUAGAAUUCGACGUAGAAUAUAAAUAUCAAAUAAUAGUUUGAAAAUUUUCACUUUUUGUCUAAUAGUAGUUCCCAUGACUACUCUUUAUUUGGUGACCAACUGAACAUUAUUGCAUUUUUGGAUUCUAUGUAAAAUUCUAAGAAAUUUGAUGGGUCACAUGUCAUACUUUGGUCCAAGGGUUUUUGAGAUAUUCGAUUUUGAAAAUGUUGGUUUUUUGACUUUGAAGAGCUGUAGAGGCAAAACUAUUUGAAAUAGAAACAAUUGGUUUUCACUAUUUUUCUUUACUUAUUAGAGAUUAUCUAUUAAGAUGAUUUUUACUAGUUUUAAUACAUAUUUUGAAUUUUUGACAAAAAUCCAAAAAAUAUAUUUUUUUGGAAAAAACGUCAAAAAACAAAUUUUAAAAAACCAAAACGAACAGUAGAGACCAUUUUUUUCUAUAUCAAAUAGUUUUGUCUCUACAGUCUUCCAAAGUCACAAUUUUCAAAAUCGAAUAUCUCAAAAACUCUUUGAUCAAAAUAUGUCAUGUGACCCAUCAAAUUUCUUAGAAUUCAAUGCAGAAUAUAAAUAUCAAAUAAUAUUUAGAGCAUACUUUAACAAAAUUUCACUCUUCACCCCUUAUCAAAUUUUCCCUUGAAGGCUAUGUAUGUAUAUCCCUAAGAAUAUUCUUGUUCACAUUAUACCUAAAAUAUACCGUGUCAAUUAUGCCUAUAAGAACAAGAAUAUUCCUCUUUUUUUUGCCUUUGGAUGCAACCUCUAAUCUCCCUACAAUAUAUUGUUAUAUUAUAUGAUCUCGUGGUUUAUGCUCAUCAUUUGUAUACAUGUUUGUACAUAAUAAUAAUAAUAUCUAUAUACAUGCUUAAAAUGCAAUAGAGUAUAUAUAUUCUGUACUUUAUAUAUAUUUAUAAUUGUUUUGUUUUUAAGUGUAUGGGUUUUUCAGUCAAGAGAUGGAGGAAACAUUGUUGCCAUUUCGGCUUGUCCUUGUCGGAUUUUCCUUGAUGCUGCCGUAUGUUUUUUUUUUUUGUAUAUAUUUUAGGACUUAUCUACCAUAUUGGUUUGAUUAAUUAAUUGAUUAUUAAACAAGGAAUGUAAAUAUAAUUUAUGAAAAAAAAAAUCUUCGAGGACUAUCCCAGAAUGGACAGACCGUUUUUUUUUUAAUGUGAAAACCAUCGGUAACGGGUGUAUAACAUAAUUAAGAGGAAAUUUUAUGCUCUGGUGCCAUUUUUACUAAUUAAGUUUGUUGUAGAUAGGAAAUUUUAUGAUUAUGUUUUUGUGCUGUAAGGUGGGAAAGGGGUGAGUCAAUAGUUUGGUGAAAAAAUCAUAGUUUAUGCAUUACUUUAAUGGAUUUAGCUGGCUAACCCCUUUGUCACUCACCUCCUUUAGUAGCUAAUUACAAUAAGACACACGAGGCAAUUACUGCGUGAUCUUAGGCAGCGUUUUAUGUAAUUUUAUGUCGGUUUGCUGUGAAAUUAGUUGAGCAAACUUCCCUUAUCCACUCCCCCUUCCCUCAAAAAAAAAAACACUGCAGGGAUUUAAAUAGUAAACCGAUCUUUAUAAUAUUGGAUAUUAUUGGUUUAUUGGAUUCUACGUGAAAUUCUAAGAAAUUUGAUGGGUCACAUGAUAUACUUUGCUCAAAGGGUUUUGGAGAUAUUCGCGUUUAAACAUUUUUGAUUUUUUGACUUUGCUAGCCUAUAGCGUCAAAACCAUUUGAGAUAAAAAGAAACGGUUUUCACGUCGUCUUUAAGCUUAUUGAAAUUUACCUAUUAACAAAGGUUUUACAAUUUUUAGCAGAAAUUUUGAAUUUUUGCAAAAACCAAAAAAAAAAAUUUUUUUGCCAAACCUGUUACUUAACAGUUUUUAAAAAACUAAAGUCAACGGUGCAAACCGUUUCUCUCAAUCUGUAAUAGUUUUGUCUCUGUCGCUCCUUAAAGUCAAAAAACUCGAAAUUUUCAAUCGUGAAUAUCUCCAAAACUCUUGGACUAAAGUAUAUAGUGUGACCCAUCAAAUUUCAUAGAAUUUCACGUAGAAUCUAAAUAUGUAAACAACAUUUUCAUUUUUUACAAUAAUAUUCACCCUGAUAAGGGCGAACUUUUCAAAUAACCCCUUUUUUCUUAUUACAAUGUUAAAAAAAAAACAACGAAGGCUUUGAUUUGUUUUUAGGUUAAUAUAAAUGAUUAGUUAGAAUUGAAUAUUUGUAUAUUGAUCGGCGCAAGAGGGCGCCACCACUUGUUCGUUUCAUUUGUAUACCCUGUAUAUAUUAAAUUUUAUAGGUGCCCUUUUAAUUGUUUUUAUUGUUCUUCUUUUGUUGUUUUAUUUGUAAUUUUUUUAAGAGUCACUUUUUUUAAGGUCGACAUUUACCCCCCUCCCCCGUCCUUCCCUUCCUCCACCCAUCUCAUCGAUACGGUACUGGUCAUUCACUCGCGCACAAUAUACGUUUCCGUUAUAUAUUUUUAUAGUUUUCGUUUUUAUUUUGUCAUUCAUUUUUAGAAUUUUAAUUUUUUGUUUUACUUGUAUAAGAAGAAUUUAAAAUAUAGAUGUCUAUUUAAGAUUA